UUUGAUUUCAUUCUUUUUGCUUCCUUUUUGUUUACAAUCACACUGCAUUAGAUUAUUCCUCUACUUUACUUGGAUAGACGCGUAUUCGUACCUGCAUCCUCAUGUCCGUCCGAUUCCGGGAUUAUCCCGAGGCCAAGACGGGACCCGAUGUCUCUCCGCACUACAAUCGCAAAUCGAACCCGGUGCUGCGGGGGUUCUUGCUGACCGUGGCUGCCUGGCUCAUGGAACGGAUCUGGUUUCUCCCUGGUCUCAUCUGGCGGAAUGCGGGCUUCGGCGCCCUGCGCACCAUCGACCGACAUCUCGAGUUGCUGGAGCCCCGCUAUGACCCGACGGUGAUCCCACUCGAGGAACCGCCACGGUCUGAUGAUCCCCCCGAGCGCGUCAUCGCUCCUCCCCAGCCCACCAAGAAGCCGUUUUAUUCCGUCGCCGACUAUCAUGCCCUCUACAAGAGUGGCGAGCUGACCCCGCUGGAUGUCGCUCGCGCCCUGCUGCCGCUCAUCCGCCGCGACGUGCCCAACCCCAGCCCCCACUCCGUGGCCUGGUUCGACUCCCGCGUCGAUCUCGUCCUCGCCGCUGCCGAGGCCGCCACUCAGCGGUACCGCGAGAACCGUCCGCGGGGCCUCUUUGACGGCGUGCCCGUCGCCGUCAAGGGAGAGUUCGACGUCGACGGUUACACCACCCACCUCGGCUCAUGUAACGACUACACGCCUCAGCCGUCCGAGACCGACCCGUCCAUCACCAACUGGUGUGUCCGCCAGCUCGAGGCCGCCGGCGCUGUUCUUGUCGGCAAGCUGUCCAUGCACGAGUUUGGUCUCGACCCCAACGGCCACAACAUCCACUACGGCACUCCUGUCAACCCCUAUCACUCGCGCUACUACACCGGCGGCAGCUCUUCGGGCUGUGCCUACGCUGUCAGUGCCGGCCUCGUCCCCGUCGCCCUCGGCACCGACGGCGGCGGCAGCGUGCGCAUCCCCGCCGCCUUCUGCUCCGUCACCGGUCUCAAGCCCUCCCACAACCGCCUCUCGCAUUACCCGGGCGUCAACUACGCCAGCACCACCAGCGUCAUCGGACCCCUGGCCGCCGACCUCCGCUCCCUGGCCGCCGUCUAUCAGCUCGUCGCCGCUCCCGGUCCCGACACGCACUUCCCGGCUCCCGGCCGGCUCGACCUCACCCCGGCGCCCGGCGCCACGAAGAAGGCCCUAGGCGUGUGCGAGGCGUGGUUCGCGCGCGCCGACCCGCCAGUGCAGCGACGGUGUCGCGCACUGCUGGACCGGCUGGUGACACAGCACGACUAUACCGUCGUCCCUGUAGACAUCCCCUUCCUCGCCGAGGGCCAGACGGCUCACGCCAUGACCAUCCUCACCGACGCGGCCGCCGUGCUGACCGACACCGCCAACAUCGCGCCCGCCAACCGUAUCCUGCUAAGCAUCGGCCGCGCCACUCCGGCAACCGACUACCUUCGUGCCCAGAAGCUCCGCCGCUUGAUCAUGGCCCACCUGGCGGCACUGUGGCGCGACCGGCCCGGCAUGAUCCUCGUCACCCCGACCACCGCCUGCGCCGGCUGGCCCAUCGCCUCGACCGUGGACAUGUGCUCCGGAUUCAGCGACGGUGACACCACCCUGCGCACCAUGGAGUAUGUCUGGUUGGCCAACUUUGCCGGCGUCCCCUCGCUCAGCGUGCCGGCCGGCUACGUCGAGGGAGAGGUGCCCACUGAGUCGGGUGAGCCGGGGUCUGUGCCUGUCGGCCUGAUGGGGCACGCCGACUGGGCGGACGAAGCGGCACUGCUGCAGUGGGGGCUGGAGGCAGAGGAGGCGGGUUCCGAGUUCCUGGUGCGGCCGCCCAUCUGGGAGGAUGUGAUUGAGCGGGCGCGGAAAGGUCGAACGGAGCAACUGGUUGAGGUGUGAGGGGAUUAGAUCCUGUGCUAUUAUUGGGCGCUUUCUGG